GAGGAGGAGGGAUACAGACGGCAGAUGCCUUUGCAGCAAACGACCAGGGAGGAUGUCUGUCAGUGCCUGGGUGCUGUUUCGGGACCAUACGCGGACAUGUCGAAGACAAACCUUGAGUCAGAGAAGGGCAACUCUUGUGUCGUUCAAAUGAGAUGGAGGGGACGGCCUGAACGAAGCGCCUUCUGAGAAAGAAGUGCAGCGGUCUUGAUUCGGGGGACUUCCUGUCGGGAUAAAACGCAAGCGACCGGGGACGAUGGAAAGUGGAGUUUUCCUGGCCUCCUUGGAUCAGUUCAUGCUGAGCCCCCUUCUUACUUGGGUGAAGACGCUCAUCCCAGCUGAAGAGGGCAUCCACUUGGACUUUUCUGACCUACUGGAUGGAGUCAUUUUAAACAAGAUAAUGGCUAAAAUAAAUCCCUCCACUGCACCUCAGGGGUCAAACAAAGUCUGCAGAGAUCCAGGUCAGAGGAUCCAGAACCUGAACGUUCUCGUCCAGCGAAUCAGGAGUUAUUAUCUGGAUAAUCUGAGGCAAUUAAUCCUGGUUCCUUUGCCAGACGUGCUGCUGCUUGGCAAGAAUCCCUAUUGUGAACAAAGUCUGGAAGAAAUGAAGAAACUUCUGCUGUUACUGUUAGGAUGUGCAGUUCAGUGCGAGAAAAAGGAGGAGUACAUCGAGAAGAUCCAGACGCUUGACUUUGAUACAAAAGCUGCAAUAGCUGCACACAUUCAGGAGCUGACCCACAGUCAGGAGAAUGUGCUGGAUCUGCAGUGGCUGGAGUCCAGCGACGUCCAGCCAGAGGAGAUGGAGACUGUUAUGAGGAACAUGGCCACACACCUUCAACACGUCUUGGACCAAAGGGACGUCCAUAUGGAGACUAUUGUGGAGCUAAUGCAGGAAAAGGAAGGAACGGUCAGCUUGCUCUGCAGCCCGUCCAGCCCGCAGUCCGCCAGCUACGCAGUCCCCGGCGUCCAGCAGCAGCCGCAGCAGCCGCAGACAGGGACCCAGCAACACCUGGCAGUGGAGCUGGCUGACUCCAAGGCAAAGAUCCGACGACUUAGACAAGAACUAGAGGAGAAGAGCGAACAGAUGCUCGACUGCAGACAUGAGCUGGAAAACACGGAGGCCGAACUGAAGAGGAUCCAGCAGGAGAACUCCCAGCUGCAGGUGGACGCGCGCGCUGCCCGCACCUACCGGGACGAGCUUGACGCCCUGAGAGAGCGCGCCAUCAAGGCGGACAAGCUGGAGAGCGAAGUCGGACGCUACAAGGAGCAGCUGCACAAGAUGGAGUUCUACAAAGCCAAAGUGGAGGAGCUAAAGGAGGACAACAGGGUCCUCCAAGAGACCAAGGAGGUGUUGGAGGAUCAGCUGGAAGGCUGGAGGUCCCGAACAGACAAGAUCCACCAGCUGGAGAAGCAGAACCUGCUGCUGAAGGCCCGCGUCCACGACAUGGAACAGGAGAAGGAGGCAGAUACGGAGCGGAUGAAGGAGCUUCAGGAGGAGAACCUGGCUUUGUGCGUGGCACAGAGGAGGAGCAUGGAGGAGUCCCAACACCUGGGCUGGGAGCUGGAGCAACUCUCCAAGACUACAGAAAACUCUCACGGGCCGCAGACCCUGAGCGAGGAGGUCAGCGAGAGAACCCGGAGUCAAAUUCUAAAGCUGGAAAAGGAAAACCAACGACUCCUGAGGACCAUCGAGGAGCUGAGAGCCGCAGUUCAUAACGUCGGCACAGAAACCAAACACAGCUGCCAUGUGGUGUGCGACACCCACCAGUUUACCUCCUCCGCAGAGCAAUCCUCGCUCCUGGAGAACCACUCGGAUGCACAAACGCUGCUGAUCCCAAACGGAGGUUCAAACUGCCAGCAGGAAGUCGUCAAAGAGGAGCGAGAAGGAGUCCAGACUCAGCUCUUUCUCGCAGAUCGUCCGGACCGUGACGCGCAGGAGAACCGACGCCUCCGGGAUCAAGGCAAUGAAGCUAUGUCGGAUCUGGAAAUCUUAGAGAACAAUCAAAACCGGCUCCGUUGUUUUGUUGGGCCAUGCGAUCCGGCCCCUGGACCACAAAGAAAAAGCCAGUGCCGUGAUAGCGCUUCCACGGGUCUGCCAACACGUUCCUCUUAUGCAAGCAGGCACACACAGCGACUGGAGGUUAAAUGCAGGGGUCUGGACACGCUGAAUCAGCAACUGCAGACUUCUCUUUACAACACCGAGCGUAAAGCUCAGCGUUUGGAGGCUGAGGUUCAGGAGCUGGAAGCAGAGAACCAGGCGCUGCAGGCGUCCCUCGAAGAACUUCGGAUCUCAGCCAGGCGCCUGGAGCAGCUGGAAACGGAGAAACAGAACCUGGAGCAUGAAACCACCACGCUGGAGAGAGACAAACGGCAGCUGGAGAAAGAAAACCGAAGGCUCCGACAGCAGAACGAAAUUCAGGAAGCCAGCUUAGACAGCCGCAAUGUCUGCCUGGUGAGCUUGGAAAGAGAAAUGCGUCUGCUGGUGAAGGAGGCGGAGGGGUUAAGAGAAACCUCAGAGAGGGUCAAAAGCUUGGAGGGAGAAAACAGAGAGCUGACCAAACAAGCAGCGAUUGACCAGAAGACCCUGGCGACCCUCAGAGAGGAGCUGGUGAACGAGAAGCUGAAAACUCAGCAGAGAGACAACGACCUCGAGCAGCUGUCCCAUGAGCUGGAGAUGAAGGUCCUAAAGCAGGAAAGCCCGCAGCUGGAAGCACCAGACAGCAGGGUCAAGAUGCUAGAAUCAGAGUUGGAGAUAUCGCUGAAGAGGUCCUUGCAAAUUAAAGAUGACAAGAUGGCUGCCCUGGAGGCUCGUCUGCAGGAAUCCUCCUUCCUAAACCAGCAGCUUCGGCAGGAGCUAAGAGCUGUGAAGCUGAGCUACGAGGCCCUGCAGCAGCGGCAGGAGGAAGAGGCAUCAAGCUCUGGCCCCCCGGCACAGGCCAACAGGGCCAUGACCGAGUGGCUGCGGGAAAGCCAGGAGGCCACCAGGGAGCUGCUGCGGCUCAAAGACCGCCUCAUUGAAGUCGAGAGAAAUAACGCGACUCUAGAGGCUGAGCGGCAGGCUACGCAGGCGCAGCUGAAACAGCUGGAGAGUCAGUCCGACGGCCAGCAGGCUCAAAUCCUCGCCCUGCAGAGACAGGCCGCCUCGCUGCAGGAGAGCAACACGGCCCUCCAGACGCACAACGCUAACCUGCAGGUGGAGAAGUCCACGCUAAAUUCACAGAGUGCCUCCCUCAUGGCCCAGAACGCUCACCUGCAGCAGCAACGGUCCGGGAUGGAGAGCGAGCGGGACAGCGCCGUGCGGGGGCGAGAAGAGCUGCGCGGUGCUCACGAGCAGCUUCUGCGUGAUCACGAGCGUCUGACGGUGCUGCACGAGCGUCAGGCCAUGGAGUAUGAGGCCCUGAUGGGUAAACACGCCUGUCUGAAAAACGUCCACCGCACGCUCGAGCUGGAGCAUCGCACUUUACAGGACAGGCAUAACAACCUUCUGCAACAGAAAGCUAAGCUGGAGGACCUGGAGAAAACCUUGAAGCAGGAGCAGAUGAGGAUCUCCCUGGAGAAAGAUCAGCAUCAGGCAACGGCAGCGGAAUGCAGCAGGCUCCGCGAUGAGAAGGACUGGCUCAACCGAACGUACCAACAGCUUCUCAACGACAACGAGGCACUGACAGCGGAUCACAAGCUGCUCAAGAGCCAGCUGAACGAAGCCAAGCUGGAGCACACCUGGCUGGAGGCCGAUUUCUCCAAACUCAAAAAGGAGUCCCAGGAGCUGGACAUCUCCUCCACAAAACUCUCCAACCAGUGUGAGUUGCUGAGUCAGCUGAAAGGGAACCUCGAAGAGGAAAAUCGGCAUCUGCUCGGUCAAAUCGAGACUCUAAUGCUGCAGAACCGAACCUUGCUGGAGCAGAAUAUGGAAAGCAAGGAUCUGUUCCAUGUUGAAGAGCGACAGUAUAUCGACAAGCUCAAUGAUUUGAGAAGGCAGAAGGAGAAGCUGGAGGAAAAGAUAAUGGACCAGUAUAAGUUUUAUGAGCCAUCACCUCCUCGCAGGCGCGGCAACUGGAUAACUCUGAAGCUAAAGAAGCUGAUGAAAUCCAACAGCCGUGAGAACGAACCUGAAGCCACACACAUAGCCGCCGCUGAACCCCACCUUUGCUCCCACGACAAUGGCUCCUUAAUCAGCUCCGACGGAUCUGGAGGCUCCGCCUGCGCCUCAGCGGGGACUCAACGUAGCAGCACCCCUCUGAAAAGGUUUCCCCGUUUGAAGAACAGGCUAAAGGACAGAGACAAAGUCAAGUCCAUCUUCCGUCGUUCUUUGUCCUUGAGCAGCUUAUCCCACCCAUCCACCUCAUUCGAGGCAAAGCAGGACGCUGAUGUGGACAAAAGUCAAGAGGACCCGCUGACCUCGUCUCUCAGUACCUCCACAUUAUCCAUCCUCCAGCAUCACCAUCAUCCCACCACCCUUCCAUUUGGCCACUUCAGCGACACCCCUGACAUUGGCCCACAUGUUUCUGAGCUGUGGCUGACAGACAAAGUUUCGAACGGCAGCACCGUGCCAUCUGGAUGCGAGGACCGAGACGGGCUGCAGAACCACGGGAUGAAUGUAGUCCAGUGCCCAGCCCAGAGUGAGAGCAGCGUCGAGCUGAGCCUGAGCCUGGAGAACGAGCCCUGGUCAAAUGGCAGCAGUCCCGUCCAGCAGCCCCCUUCACGUAACUCCUGCACCUCCUACCAGCCGCCCAGUGAUACGUCCACCCCACAGGCCCGUAGAAAGCUGCAGCAGCACGGGGACACGUCCUCCACAAUGCCAACUCCCAGCAGCCUGAACCCAGACAUGGUGCAAAGUCAGAAAGAUCCCGUUCUGUCUCAGGACUUCUGGCUCACAAGAGGCACAAAAACCAUCAGAAGGGGGUCGAGGAGAAAAGCGCCGCGUCGAUCGUCAGACUCGGGGAAAACCAACUCCGAGCUUAACGGGUUUAGCUCAAAAGAUGAAACGGCUCAAGCCUCUGCUUGCUCGCCGAUCACAGUGCUCUACGUUCAGGGUAAAUCGUCCUCAAUGUCGGGCUGCCUGAACUGCUUCUCUGCCCCGCUGGUGAAGGAGGGACAGCCGGGAGAGUUCAGGCCCCCUAAAAGUCUUCCCCGUGCCAGCAGCGUGAUUUCUUCAUCCGAGGGCUCAUCCCGGCGCUCAAGCGUCGAUAGCGAAAGCAGGGGGACCAUCCAAACUGAGCCAGCGCAGACUGCGGAAAGAAAUUGCACCCCAGAGCAAACCCAGAGGCAAGAACAAAACGCCGACACAAGAAACAGUGAGCCUGGGCCCAUUCCUCCUGUCAAACCUCCUAGAGAUCCGGCAGUUAUUGUUCCCACAAAACACCACAGACCCACAUCGCAGGAGCCAGCUCUGGGCUCGUCAUUCACUUUUAACUCGGUGUUCUCAGACACAAUCUUCAGCGACUCUGAGCUCGCCACUGCGACCAUCUUGGAUACGAUCGACGUGAGCACUAAUUCCCUCCGCCCUAACGCAUCGGCGGAGCAGAUCUCUCCCCCCGAGAGACAAGAAACUGCUGAGAAGACGCCACCAGCAUCGCUUAGGUCUGAAAAUGAGCAAAGUGGAAUGGCGGAGCUUGCAGGAGGGCUGGAAAUGAAAGGACUGACUGCUCACAGCCACACAAAGGCUGCUCUCACGGCACCUUCAAAUACAUCAGGUGCGGAGUGGAAACAGGAUGAAAUGAAAUGCUAAAGUGUUGAUACACAACGGAGUGAUGAAUUGGUGAAUGGGGGAACUGACCAGGAGCCAAACUUGUGAUAUGACCUAGGACUGGGGAGGUGCGACUUCUGAGCCUAAUCAGAACAAUAUGUUAUAAUUUGUAAUUUCUGUUCAUAGCCAUUGCUAUGAACUGUUCAUAUUGCCAAGUUAUUAUUAACUGAAUGGCACAUUCAAAAAACUUUUUUUUUGUUAUAUAUACACUGGUGCUUGUCAGUUUUUAUUGUGCAUUUUGUCUUUUACUUUAGCUAUUUGACAACCCUGUUAUGUUAUCUAUUUGACUUUUUUUUUUUUUUUUUUUUUUUUUGGUUUGUUUGUUUGUUUCGUUUUUGUGUGUGCCCAGUCUCAGUUAACGUAAUCACGCUCCCUUCCUAAAGUACGACCUGUAACUUAUUAUUACACUAGUUUGUGUUUGUCUGAAGGAAUUAUAUGAUAUUUAUGUGUAAUAAAAUGUAUCCCUGGAUGCUAUUUUCCUAAAAUAAAGAGAGGGAAAAAAACAA